AUGGGCGCAUGCAUGAGCUCGAGCAAUGAGGAGGCGGAUCAGAAGAAGAAGAGUCAGGCUAUCGAUAAAAUUCUGGAGGAAGACUCGAAACGAUUACGGAAAGAAUGCAAGAUUUUACUGCUAGGUUCUGGUGAGAGUGGCAAGUCAACGAUUGUCAAACAGAUGAAAAUCAUCCAUCUUAAAGGAUACUCGGAAGAUGAGCUGUUCAACUACCGGCCAACUGUCUUCAAAAACCUUGUCGAGUGCGCCAAGGCAGUUAUUAUGGCCAUGCAACAAUUCGACAUCGAGCCUCAAAACGAAGAGAACAAGGCACAUGCGGAGUUCCUAUUAGAAUAUCAAGCCGAGUCUGGUCCUCAAGCGCAAAUCGAUCCGAAAGUGGGCGCGGCGGUACAAGCUCUGUGGAACGAUCCAGCCAAGGAUCUUCUCAUGGAACAUCAGACGGAGUUCUACCUCAUGGAUUCCGCCGAAUAUUUCUUUCAGGAAGCGAUGCGAAUAGUAUCAUCAGACUAUUUACCGAACGAAAUGGAUGUGCUCCGAGCGCGAACGAAGACAACAGGUAUCUAUGAGACGAGAUUCCAGAUGGGGCAACUAAGCAUUCAUAUGUUCGAUGUUGGCGGUCAACGAAGUGAGAGAAAGAAGUGGAUACACUGCUUUGAGAAUGUCACAUCAAUCAUCUUUUGUGUGGCUUUAAGCGAAUAUGAUCAAGUCCUACUCGAGGAGAGCAGUCAGAACCGAAUGAUGGAGAGUUUACUCCUUUUUGACUCGGUGGUCAACUCACGGUGGUUCAUGCGUACUAGCAUCAUACUGUUCCUCAACAAGGUUGACAUUUUCAAACAAAAGCUGAGCAGGUCUCCGCUAGGCAACUACUUUCCUGAUUACUCGGGUGGUAACGAUGUCAAUAAAGCAGCCAAGUAUCUACUCUGGCGAUUCAACCAGGUCAAUCGGGCACAUCUAAACCUGUAUCCCCACUUGACGCAAGCGACAGAUACGUCAAACAUUCGACUCGUUUUCGCAGCAGUCAAAGAGACUAUCUUGAAUAACGCACUUAAGGACUCGGGCAUUCUUUGA